AUGGCGGAUUUUGUGAAGCUGUCCAUCUUUGGUACUGUGUUCGAGAUCACAACACGGUAUGAGAAUCUGCAGCCAGUGGGCAUGGGCGCUUUUGGCCUCGUAUGCAGUGGACACGACAAACUCACUGACACGUCCGUGGCCAUCAAGAAGGUGAUGAAGCCCUUCAGCACGCCCGUGCUGGCGAAGCGCACGUACCGAGAAUUGAAGCUGCUCAAGCAUAUUCGCCAUGAAAACAUCAUUUGUCUGAGUGACAUCUUCAUUUCGCCCCUGGAGGACCUGUACUUUGUGACAGAGCUCCUCGGCACUGACCUGCAUCGCUUGCUGACCAGUCGUCCCCUUGAGAAACAGUUUGUACAGUACUUCUUGUACCAGAUCCUGCGUGGCCUCAAGUAUGUGCACUCUGCCGGUGUGGUUCACCGUGACCUGAAGCCCAGCAACAUCCUAAUCAACGAGAACUGUGACUUGAAGAUCUGCGACUUUGGUCUGGCUCGUGUGCAGGACCCACAAAUGACUGGUUACGUGUCGACGCGCUAUUACCGAGCGCCUGAGAUCAUGCUCACGUGGCAAAAGUACGACGUGGCCGUGGAUGUCUGGAGUGCAGGCUGUAUUUUCUCAGAAAUGCUCGAAGGCAAGCCACUGUUCCCUGGCAAAGACCAUGUCAACCAGUUCUCGAUCAUCACCGAGCUGCUGGGCACGCCGCCUGACGAGGUCAUCCGCACCAUUUGCAGUGAAAAUACCCUGCGUUUCGUGCAAUCGCUGCCGAAGCGCGAGCGUAUUCCCUUCCACCAGCGCUUCCCUCACACAGAUCGGGAGGCCCUGGAUCUCUUGGACAAGAUGCUGGUGUUUGAUGUGAACACCCGCAUCUCUGCCGGCGAUGCUCUCGCGCACCCGUAUCUUGCGCCAUAUCACAAUCCAGCCGAUGAGCCCGUUGCGGAGGAAGCGUUUGACUGGAGCUUCAACGAUGCCGACCUCCCCAUCGAUACGUGGAAAGUGAUGAUGUAUUCGGAGAUCCUCGACUUUCACAAUAUCGAGGAAGUUCCCGCAAAUGAAGCUCAGAUGCCUGCUCAGGCAAGUGGCCCUGCGCCUGCUCUGCCGCAAGCCCAGCCGAUGCCUUCGGCGUACCAUUCCUCCAUGCAUCCUUAG